AUGGCUAACUAUCAAGAAAUUGUACAUUUGAACGUGGGGGGCACAAAAUUUGCGACGUCUUGGCACACACUUACAUGGGUACCUGACACAUUCUUCACAGCAUUGCUCAGUGGCCGUAUACCCACAGUCAGAGAUGAAACCGGAGCAAUUUUUAUUGAUAGAGAUCCCAAUUUAUUUAGCCUCAUUUUAAAUUUUCUCAGAACUAGAGAUAUAGAUCUGACUAAUGUGAACAUAAGAGCACUUAGACAUGAGUGUGAUUAUUUUGGAAUAACACCACUUAGUAGAAGGCUGGCACUGUGUGACGAGAUGAACCAUUCAUCAUGUGGUGAUGUAUUGUUUUAUGGGUACUUACCACCACCAUUAAAUCCUAUACCUAAUAAUGGAAAUGGAAGAAAUGGUAACAACUGCUCCAGGAAAAAUUCAACAGCUUCAAGCACAGAAGUGGCAACUAACAGAACACACUCAAGGAACUCCUCCCUGGAUCUUCGAACAGUUGGUAGAAUACCUUCACAGGAUCAGAUAAGUCGCUGUGGAAGAGGGCAUUCUAGAGCAGCAUCUCUGGGUAAUGCGGAAAGUCACAAAGGCCUGCGGCCACCUGAAAUGAAUGCUUGGGCUGACAGUUUGAAAGUUCAAAUUAUAAAAGCUCAUCAUAAUUGGAUUGCCGUAGCUUAUACACAUUUUGUGACAGGAUACAGAUUGACUGACUCUUGCGGCUGGUAUGUUGUGUUUCAAUCGCCCGUGCAAGACUCUGUUAUAGAACGCAUAGCCCUAAACGCUAAAACUGGUGGUGGUGCCACUUCAAGUGGCAGUAACACAUCAGGAUCUGACGUGAUGUUAGGUAUUGCGAGUGGCUCACUAGUAAGGCUGUGGGCCUUUUCGACUCACACAGAACCAGUCAGAAGGACAUUGAUAGGGACAUUUAAUCUAGGAGUUCGUGUGGAACACUUACUAUUCGUAGGGCCUCAGUUAGUAGCACUCAGUGGCGCGGGUAGCCGCAGUAAAGCAGGCGUGUGGCACACCAGCACUCAACACUGGCAGACGCAAGAUGUCGCUCAUCUCACCACGCACGAUACAGCUGGAUCCUUUCUUCUAUUGGGAACUGCUACUGGCGCUAUUAAUUAUAUAGAUAUGCAGAAGUUUCCACUGCGUAUGAAGGAUAAUGAUCUGCUUGUGACUCAACUUUAUAAGGACCCUAAUCAGGAACCAAUCACAGCUAUAUCUGUCUAUCUCACACCAAAAACUAAUUUAUGCGGCAACUGGAUCGAAAUAGCAUACGGAACAAGAUACGGUUCCGUCCGCGUGAUCGUGCAGCAUCCGGAGACCGUCGGCCACGGCCCUCAGUUGUUCCAAACAUUCACUGUGCAUCAGAGCCCUGUUACUAAGGUAUCGUUAUCAGAAAACUACCUGGUAUCGGUAUGUAGCGAAUACAAUCACGUGCGUUCGUGGCGCGUGACUCGAUUCCGCGGUAUGAUAUCCACGCAACCCGGGACCACGCCGAAGGCAGCCUUCAAAGUGCUCGCCUUGGAGGCACCCACCGCUCAACCUCACAACGACUGUGGUCCAUAUGGUGAGCAAGAUGAAGAGCAGAUAUUUAUACAGAAAGUUGUACCUGAUACUGACACAUUGUAUGUCCGAUUAGCUUCCAAUGGUAAAAGAGUGUGUACGAUCCGGUCCGUGGACGGAUCCGCGGUGUCGUGCUUCACGGUGGCGGAAUGCGAGGGCGCGCUCCGGCCGCGGCGGCUGCUGGUGUGCGGCCACCGCUCCGGCGCCGCGCAGCUGUGGGACGUGUCCGCGCCCACCGACCGCGCCGCGCGCGCCGUACCCCCCGCACAGCCCAACGGCAACGAAGGGGACGAGUCGCCAGUAGCCGACGGCGGACCAACUCCGGACGAACUUGUACGACUGCUGUCCGCCUGCGACUUGGACGCUGCGCCUGUACCGCACUCCCCGAACCGACCACUCCAGGCGCCAUGA